AUGGCUGAAAGUAUUGUCACGUUUUUUCUAGAGAAGUUGACUGACCUGCUUUCCCAGGAAGCAUUUCUACUCAGCAGAGUGGAAGAGCAAGUGAAGCUGUUGAGUAACGAGCUCGAAUGGAUGCGCCUUUUUCUCAAAGACGCGGAUGCGAAGCGCAGAUAUGAUCCAAGAAUCAAGCUCUGGGUGAGUCAGAUCAGGGACGUAACCUAUGACGCCGAAGAUGUCAUCGACAGGUUCAUGUUCGAGAUGAAUCGCCAACAGCAAGGAAGUCUCAAAUGCCUCAAGUUCCUUAAGUUACGAUUUGUUCACAAGCUCAAGUCUCGAAUCAGAGAGAUCAAUAUCAAGAUUGAGAAGAUCAUGGCUAACAAAUCAAGGUACGGUGUCGAAACCUUACCAGCUGCAAGCUCGUCCAACGAAGUUGUGCCACAUAAAGAGAAGAGGGCUCCGAUUGUUGAAGUCAACGUGGUGGGAAUUCAAGAGGAUGCAAAAAGCGUUAAGCAAAAUCUGCUUAAUGGAGAGAUGCGGAGAGCUGUGGGUGUCCAUCAGUAUACAAUCAGGGAGCUUUUGCUAGGCGUUGCUGUUUGUGUUAGGAUUCUCUCCGAAAAGGAAAGGAGUAAAAUGAACGAGAGCGAGUUGGGGAAUAGGCUUCGUGAUUACCUGACUACCAAGAAGUACUUGAUAGUUAUGGACGAUAUGUGGAGAAAUGAAGCUUGGGAUAGGCUGGGCUUGUAUUUUCCUGACUCGGUGAAUGGCAGCAGGGUGUUGAUCACCUCACGCAAUAAAGAGAUUGGUUUUUAUGCUGAUCCACAAGCCAUUCCCCAUGAACUUUCUUUUCUGACUGAAGAAGAGAGCUGGGAGCUCUUUCUCAAGAAAAUUUUCCUGGCUGGGAGUGCAAAUGCUGUUUGCCCCAGAGAAUUGGAAGAGUUGGGAAAGAAAAUUGUAGCAAAUUGUGGGGGUUUGCCCCUUGCAAUUGUGGUCUUGGGAGGCCUUCUAUCAAGAAAAGAAAAGACACCGCUCUCCUGGCAAAAAGUACUGGACAGCCUAACUUGGCACCUAAAUCAAGGUCCAGACUCAUGUUUGGGGGUCCUUGCUUUAAGCUACAAUGAUAUGCCGUAUUACUUGAAGUCCUGUUUCCUUUACUGUGGUCUUUUCCCAGAAGACUCAGAAAUCUGGACAGAAAAGUUGAUCCGCUUGUGGGUUGCAGAAGGGUUUAUACAAAGAAGAGGAGAAGAAAUAGCGGAAGACAUCGCGGAAGAUCACUUACAGGAAUUGGUACAUAGAAGCAUGAUUCAAGUGGCUGACAAGAGUUUCGAUGGAAGAGUGAUGUCCUGUCGCAUGCACGAUCUGCUUCGAGACCUUGCCAUUUCAGAGGCUAAAGAUACAAAAUUUUUUGAGGGAUAUGAAAGCAUUGAUUCUACAUCCCCUGUUAGUGUUCGUCGACUAACCAUUCAUCAAGGUAAGAAGACUAAUUCUAAACACUUGCAUACUUCACGUAGUCUCCGAUCUUUCAUUUGUUUUUCUGUAUGCUUCCAAAAAAACAUUUUGAGAUCUUUACACAGGCGUGUCAAAUUGCUCACUGUACUGGACCUAGAAGGCAUGACUAUCAAUACCAUCCCAGAAGGCAUAGGAGAACUUAUCCACCUUAAGUACCUGUGCUUAAAGAGAACCCGCAUAAAAAGGCUUCCAUCGUCCAUAGGUCGUCUUACAAAUCUACAAACCCUAGACUUUCGAAGCACUUCAAUUGAAAUAAUUCCUUCUACCAUUUGGAAAUUGCACCAUUUGAGAUAUCUACACGGUCAUGGACUGGUUUCAAGCCAGUCAGUGAUAGAUAAGUGCAGGAAUGGCCCUUUGAGUGUUGACCACCUAACAAACCUCCAAUCGUUAGGUUUAAGAGCAGGCAGUUGGUGCUGUGGUGAAGGCUUGGGAAAAUUAACUGAGCUUAGAGAACUGACAGUUGCAUGGACCGAAAUCGCACAAACAAAGAACCAGGGAUUUUCCGAGUCAGUAAAAAAGCUAACUGCUCUUCAAUCCUUGUGUUUGUGUCCUACUGUAGAACGGGUUAACAUGCCGCACCUCAUGCCUUUCUCAGACCACACCUACCUUUACCAUCUAAAUUUAAGAGGAAGGCUCGAAAGGUUCCCUGAUGAAAUUGAAUUCUACCCUCCAAACCUCAUCUCCUUGGAAUUGCAAUGUUGGAAUAUAGAGCAAGACCCAAUGGUGACCCUAGGGAAGCUGCCAAACUUGAGAUUUCUCAUAUUAUUCCAUUGUUCCUCUAUGGUAAAGAAGAUGGUCUGUACUUCUGGAGGAUUCCAGCAACUCGAAACCCUUCAGCUCUGGAAUUUUAAAGAAUUAAAAGAAUUGAUUGUGGAGGAAGGGGCAAUGCCUGAUCUGAAGGAUUUAGUAAUUGAUACUUGCCCUAAAAUGAAAAGGCUUUCCCAUGGAUUGCUGCAACGAAAAAAUUUGCAGCACCUAAAGUUGUAUGAUUUGUCUCCUAAGUUAAGGGAUGAGCUUUCUCGGAAAAAAUUUACAGCAGUUGAUUACGGAGUCUAA